UCUGAGAGAGUUUCAUGCUUAUUGCAUUUGUUCAAAUAAGCUACGUACUUGAUCGACUUAAUUCUUCCAUCUUAAUUAAUUAGUCGUCAUUUGCUUCCAUACUUUCAGAAAAACAAAAAUGGCUGCAUUCAAGUCAGUAGCUAUUCUCGCGCUGCUUGUUGUUGCUAUAUCAUCGUCGGAUAUCAAGGUAUCCGAGGGACGAACCGCAAGGAAGGAUUUGGGGAUUGAUCUCGGAGGAGUUGGUAUUGGAGUAGGAGUGGGACUAGGUGUAGGGCUAGGUGGAGGUGGAGGUGGCUCUGGCUCAGGGUCUGGAUCCGGCUCUGGAUCAGGUUCCGGCGGUUCUAGUUCUGCAUCAAGUUCAGCUUCGUCAAGUUCAAGUUCAAGUUCCAGGUCUGGUGGUGGAGGUAGUAGUGCAGGCUCUGAGGCAGGUUCAUCUGCCGGGUCUCGGGCCACGUCUGGGUCUGCAAGGAAAAAUGGUGGUGGAGGUAGUGGAGGUGGUGGUGGAGGAGGUUCCGGCUCCGGUUCUGGAGGGGGCGGGGGAAGCGGCUCUGGUAGUGGUGAGGGGCAUGGUGAGGGGCGUGGAUAUGGUGAGGGCUCUGGCAGUGGAGGUGGCGACUAAAUAUAUAAGAGUGAUCAUGAAUUGGAUUACUAAAAGAAUAGUGAUCGAUGUAUUCUGAUGGACUGAUUCUGUACUUUAUGUAUUAUAUAAAUAAAAUAGGUGAUGAAAUAGUUGAGGCUUGAUUAUCAGGUCCUGAUCUGUAUUUCAAUUAAUAUGAGGCAUCGAUCAGUA